UUUUAUCGCCAGGAUCCCUAUUGUUAUUCAAUUCUGUCUCGCGAGAGGGAAAGGUUUUCCCUAAGCAAUGGAAGUAAACAUCGCCCCAGCACUGAGUGUGAACACACGAACUCAGGUUUUAGCUCUUGAGUUCUCUCCAUAUGAAUGGUCGAGGGGUUUGCUGGCCGUUGCUCUUCCCACAUCUGUGGCGGUUUAUUCCAUUAAGUUCAAGGAAGAGGGAGAUGGUGUUAGUGAAGAGUGUGGCCAGGUAUGGGAGUGGCAUGUUUCCAGCCAGCCAGUUUGUCUUGCUUGGAGUCCAAAUGCUACACUAAGAGCUGCUCCUCGAUGCUUGCAAGUGACUUUGGGGUCAACAGAUCAUAAGGUUACUCAGCUCACAUCUGACCUUGGUGAUUCCCAUACAGCACAGGAUAUAUUAAGUCACACUGAUUUUGUUAACAGUGUAACAUAUAAUGGAGACAGUGGUAAUCUGGUAGCUUCUGUUGGUGAUGAUCUCACAGCCCGAGUAUGGGACAGCAGUUUACAGUCCCAGGUUGCGAAAUUCCUUCUGACAUCACCAGGAAUGGUGGUAAGGUUCCACCCAGAAGAUCCUGAUCUACUCCUAGUAGCUGAGAAGGUUGGAGUUCUGAGAGUAUAUUCAGUAAGUGGCGGAUGUUCCACAUUGUCGGUGCGAUGCCCUGGCCCUCUCUUGUCAGCUGACUGGUCAAUCCCAGAUCCUUCACUACUUGUGGCAGCUGGAGCAAAGGGCCUCACAGUGUGGAAUCUUGCAUCUCAACAGCCUCGCAGUGAACAUGUGGAAGUCGGAGGUGGAGAGAAAGUCUUAAAUGUGGCAGUAUGUAGGUCUGUAACAGGUUUGGUGGCAACACAUGCUGCACCACACACUGUUAGGGUGACUCAUCUGCACUCCAACAAAGUUCCUAUUGCAGCUCAUCUCAAGGUUGUUGGAGGCAUUAGUUGGCACCAGAAUUUACCAUACCUGGCAGUUGGAUCUGAUCGCAGGAUCCUUUUCUGGAAAAUUGAUAAUGUUUAAAUCAUAAUUUUUUAGAUGCUUCCGACAUUUUUGGUACCACUGAUAACUGUUUAAUCAAGAUUUUAUCAAUAAUAAGAAAGUAACAAGGAUAUUUCAGAGGAAAGUGAUAAAAGAAUAAAAUUUUGGUAUUUUAUUUAGAUAGCUUUGACCUGAAUUUUUUCAUGCAAGUACCAGUGAUUGAAAGAGAAUCCUAAUAUUAUUGCUUUUUUGUGAAAAUCUUAUUGAAUAAUAAAGUUUUUUUUACAAGUA